AUGAGAUCAAUAAAUAAUUCCAUUGAUACUCCCUCUAUAAAAGUUAAAUUUAAUCAAAACGACAAAGUAGAUGAAAUGAAAACUACAAAAACCAUAAAAAAAAAGCGUAUUCAAACUGAAUUAUCAAUAAUUUGGGAAUUUUAUAUGUAUAUGAUUAUGGCUAUCUUGGUCGAAAUUAUUGUAUUAAUUUUUAACAACUAGACUAAAAUUCUCAACAUAAUCAGAAUUAUUGUAUUUAUUCUAAUUUUAAUAUUAUCCCUCAUAUACAUAAAGAAAAUGCAGUAAAAUUUAUUAUUGUGCUUGAUAUGUUUGAUAAAAAUAUUAUAGACUUCAACCAUUUAUUUAAAUGAUGACAUUUAUUUAAUUGCAAUUAUACCAUUUGCAUAUGAUUAAAUUGAAAGUAGCAAUAAAGUUGCAAUCAAAUUAAAAGUGAUUGAGAAAAUAUUAAUAAAAGUCAUAGUUGUAAGUUUAAUUUGUAUUUUUUCUAAAUUGCCUAUAGCGAUAACAAUAAAUUUAUGUUUGGUGAUCUUAGAAAUUUUUAGAAAUCGGGCUAUGUUUAGAAAAUAAGAAGAGAAAUAAUCUUUGAUAAAUGAUAAAAUACCAAUUGAUUAUGAAUAAGGAUCACACAGUGUAAGUUAAAGAGUUGAACAAAAUUAAAGAGAAGAUGUUUGGAAGAAACGAUUUUAUACUAUUCCUUUAUCAAUUUUAAUGAUUUCUAAAGAAACUUUAAAAAUUACCUAUAAAAAUCAGACUUUAUUUAAAUAAUUUUGUGAUAGUUUUAUAAAUGAAGAAGAAUUGGAAGAUUUAAUUUUGAAUAAAUUGCAUUUUUCACUAUUAUCAGAUCAUUAAGAAUUUGUAUAAUUGUCAUCUACUAAUAUUAUUAAAUUAAAAUAAAAAAAAUCUAAUUCAUCAAAUGUUUUAAAUUAGAAAUCAUGUAUGACACAAUUAAGUUCUUAUGAUUUAAUGUAAAAAAGAACUUUAAUAGAAAUCUUGACUUCAAUUAAAAGUGAAACCUAUAAUUUAUAAAAAGACGUUAUUGAAUUAUUUUGUCAGUAAACAGAAAUAUCAGGAGCAAAAUAUUAAUUAGAAGCUAAAAUAAUAUUAUCUGAUAAAGAUGAGGAAUUUUUUGUGACAAUAAAUGACACGACAAAAUAAAAUGAAAUUCAGUAAUUUAUUGUUAAAGAGGAAUUUAAAAGUAAAGUAAAUAAUUUAAAUAUUUGAGAUAAUAGAAUCAUUUUCACAUGAAUUACGAACACCAUUAAAUAGUGCAAUAAACUUUUUAGAGGCAUCUAUUACCGAUAAUUCUGUAGAUGAUAAAUUGAAAUUACAGACUCUUGAACCAGCAGUAUAUUCUUUAAAGUUAUAAUCAUACUUAAUUAAUGAUAUCAUUGACUAUUAAAAUUAUAAUGCAAAUUAAUUGGAACUUUAUGUUACCGAAUUUUCUGUUUAAGAUUUCCUUAGUGAAUUGACAUCCUUAUUUAGCAUAUAAUUUGAUAUGAAAAAAAUAGCCUUUAAUUUAGAUUUAAAAAAAAAUUACUUAUAAUAUCUUAGUACUGAUUAAACUAGGUUAACUUAAAUAUUAGUUAAUCUUUUGUAAAAUUCCUUAAAGUAUACUUCUAGUGGAGUAAUAUAACUUAAACUUAGUAGUAUAUCAAAUGAUAUUUUGAAAAUAGUGAUUCAAGAUUCAGGAAUAGGAAUUGCUCCAAAUGUUCUAGAAUAAGUUAGAAUAACUCUUAGAAAUGUUGAAGAAUGUAAAGACUUUUAAACUUUUAAAGCUUGGAAAGGUUUUGGUUUAUUGAUUGCUGCUAUAUUACAUUAAAGUUUAUGUCCUCAAAAUUAAAAAACAAUAUAGAUUGAAUCAACAGGAUUUAAUAAAGGAACUAAGAUUAAAUUUUAUAUCUUAAAUUUUAAUUAUAGUUCUAAACAAAAUACAAUAAAAUAAUCAUUGAGUGUUAAAAAUACACUUAGACAAUCUUAAAGUGUUAAAAAAUCUUUAUAAUCAAAUUCUCUUAGUUAGAUAUUACCAAUGAAUGGAACAAUUUAUUUAGCUUAAGAUAUUGCAUAAGUAAAUUAACAUAUGAAAAAAAGUGAAAGAUUUUAGAAUUCUGCAUCAAACACUUUAGAUGAUUUUUCAGAAUUAUCAAGAAGUCCUAAAAUUUAAUUUUGUUCUCCUGAUGCAAAUAUAUCAUAAUUAGUUUAAAUAUAACCUGUAUUAAUCACAGAAAUAAAAUCAAGUUAGAAGAUUGCAAUAAAAAAUAAAAAUCCAUAAUUUUAAUCAUAUAAAUCUCAAAAAUCUUAAUUAGUUAAUUUAAAUUAAUUUAGAAAAAUGGAAACUUAAUAUCGAGAAGAUAUUUUCAAAACUUUAGCCACAAAAAAAAAUAAAUGUAAUUGUAAUUACAUUCUAUCAGUUGAUGAUGAAAUCUUUAAUUAAAAAUCAGUUGAAAGACUGUUAUAAUAAAUAGGAUUCGAUGUUAAAUUAGCAUUUAGUGGUGAUGAAGCAAUUAAUCUAAUAUUAAAUUUAAAGCCAUGUAGUUUAGGUUGUAAUCUUUUAACUAUUAUUCUAAUGGAUUAUUAGAUGCCAUUAAAAGAUGGAAUAACAACAACUAAAGAAUUGAGAAAACUUAUGUAAGAAGGUAUAAUCCCUGAUAUUCCAAUAAUUGGCUUAACUGCUUUUACAGGCUUGUAAGAUAUUAGAAAUUGUUUAAUAGCAGGCAUGAGCGAUGUUUUAUCAAAACCUUUAAAAAUUUAGGAGUUAAAAGAUGUAUUAGCAUCUUUAUGA